CCGCUUUUUCACGUAGAUCAGAAUAUAUGACAGGCGAUUCGGAUAAAACUUCAAAUUCUUCCAAAAAGCGAGGUUUAAAUUCCCUUGGAACAAACUCACAGAAUCAAAGCAAAGAUAAAAAUGAUUCUAGAUCCAAAAAAUCAAGAAUUCACCUUAGUUAUGAACCAGUUGUUACCGAUCUCUUUCAAGAAGAAGCAAUAAGAGAAGUAGCUCCUUCUAAGGGAUUGGUCAAGGAAACAGUGGCACUAGGUGAAAAACUUAUACUUGGACAUAAAGUGCGCCAUCAAGUCGCUGUUCCUCCAAAUUAUCCUUAUACUCCUAUCUCUAAACAUGUACCGCCAAAAGAGCCAGCACGAACUUAUCCAUUCAAAUUAGAUCCUUUUCAAGAACACGCCAUUUCUUGCAUAGAAAAAUCCGAAUCGGUACUGGUAAGUGCGCAUACUUCUGCUGGUAAAACCGUAAUAGCAGAAUAUGCCAUAGCUCAGAGUUUAAAAAACAAGCAAAGAGUCAUCUAUACCAGUCCUAUAAAGGCGUUAAGUAAUCAGAAAUACCGAGAAUUACAGCACGACUUUAAGGAUGUUGGUUUAAUGACCGGAGAUGUUACUCUAAAUUCAAGUGCAAGUUGCAUCGUUAUGACUACUGAAAUUCUUCGAAGUAUGUUAUAUCGUGGCAGUGAGAUAUUGCGUGAAGUGGCAUGGGUGAUAUUCGAUGAGAUUCAUUAUAUGAGGGAUAAAGCUCGAGGUGUUGUGUGGGAGGAAACUAUUAUAAUGUUACCUCAUAACGUUCACUUUGUUUUUUUAUCUGCCACAAUUCCGAAUGCCAUGGAAUUUGCUGAAUGGAUAUGCAAACUUCACGAACAGCCUUGUCAUGUUGUUUAUACCGAUUUUCGUCCAACUCCACUACAACAUUAUAUGUAUCCUGAUGGAGGAGAUGGGAUUUACAUGGUACUUGACGAAAAGGGCGUAUUUAAUGAGGGCCAUUUUAAAGAAGUUCUUUCCCAAUUACCCGAGGAAAUUAAUAGAAAUGAAUUUUCUAAUAAAAGAAAAAUUUCGGAUACACCUAAUGUUUAUAAAAUUAUUAAAACAUGUAUGCAAAGGGGCUUUAACCCAAUAAUCGCCUUCGCUUUUGGAAAAAAGCAAUGUGAAUUGUUAGCGAGACAAAUGAGUAUAAUGGAUUUUAAUAAUGAUGAUGAAAAAGGACUAGUAAAAAAGGUCUUUGAGAAUGCUAUUGACUUACUACCAGAAGAAGAUCGUCGUUUGCCAUCAUUUCUUAACAUGUUGCCAUUGUUAGAGCGUGGAAUAGGGGUACAUCAUUCUGGAUUAUUACCUUUUAUGAAAGAAGUAGUAGAACUUUUAUUCCAGGAAGGACUAUUGAAAGUACUUUUUGCUACAGAAACAUUCGCUAUGGGAUUAAAUAUGCCUGCAAGGACUGUAGUUUUUUGCGAGCUAGAUAAAUUUGAUGGAACUAAAAGGAGACCGAUGACAUCUGGUGAGUAUAUUCAAAUGUCAGGUCGUGCCGGACGUAGAGGUCUUGAUGAACGUGGUUAUGUAAUGUUAAAUAUUGAAUCCAAAAUUAGUCCUCAUAUCAUUAAGGAAAUGGUCAAGGGCGAAGCAGAUCAUCUAAGUUCUGCGUUUCAUUUAAAAUACCAUAUGAUUCUUAACAUGUCAAGAAUUGAAGGUAUUAGUCCUGAAUAUAUGUUACAACGCAGUUUUUAUCAAUUCCAAAAUGCGGCUCCUUUACCACGUCUACAAGAAGAACUUAAAAAAAUGGAAGAAGAAUAUAAAAAUUUUGAUAUACCUCAAGAAGAAUUGCUUAGUGAAUAUUACAAACUUCGUAAGAUGUAUGAUGAAUACUCCGAUAGAAUUCGAGUCAUUAUCUUUGAACCACAAAAUAUUAUUUCAUAUUUGAAUCUUGGAAGGCUUGCUAAAGUGAAAUUUGAAGGGAAUGAUUUUGGAUGGGGUAUGAUUAUUCGUUAUGAAGAAAUAAAGCCAACAACUUGGACAAAAUCUACAAAACAAUCUCUUACAAAAUAUAAUAUUAGAAUUUUGAUGAAAUGUUCUAACGAUUCCUUUGUUAGCUAUGAUGGAAGAAUCAUCAAAAUCAAUCCUUGUCCAGAAAAUCAGGCUGGGGUGUUAUUAGUAGUUCCUUUUGAUUUAAAAGAUAUAGUUGACCUAAGUCAAGUUCGUCUCUGUCCAGAUAGCGAUUUAGAACAUGAGCCUGCAAAAAGAAAAGUUGCAUAUCAAGGUAUUUUACAUGUUCUUGAAAAACACCCAGAUGGUAUACGUUUAGAACCCAUUAAGCAUAUUAAAGUUAAAGAUGAAAGACUUGAUGAUCUUGUCACAAAAAGAGAUUUAAUUGAUGAGAAAAUCGGAGUACAUCCAAUGAAUAACAUUACAGAUGCGUACGAUCGUUAUUGUGAAAAACUUGAAUUGCAAGAAAAAGUCCGUAAGAAAAAAUCGGAAAUUCGUGAUGCUGAAGCUAUCCUUCAUCUUGAUGAAUUAAAAAAACGAAAACGUUUGCUUCGAAGGAUGCAAUAUUUAUCAGAAGGUGACGUUGUGGAAUUCAAAGGAAGAAUUGCUUGUGAAAUUACUUCAGGAGAUGAAUUGAUAUUAACAGAAUUAUUAUUGAAUGGAGUAUUUAAUGACUUAUCUCCUGAAUUGAUAGCAUCUUUGUUAAGUUGUUUUGUAUUUGAUGAUAAAUCAAAAUGCGGAGAAGAUAAUCUUAGGGAAGAAUUUAAAGGUCCAUACCGUGAAUUAAAAGAAACGGCACGAAUUGUAGCUGAUCUAUCAGAAGAAUGCAAUGUUCCUAUUGAUAAAGAUGAGUAUAUUGCUGCUUUCGCACCGGAUUUAAUGGAAAGUGUUUAUAUUUGGUGUAAUAAUGGCACAUUUGAGGAAACAUGCAAAAAAGUAGAAUUGUUUGAAGGUAAUCUUGUUCGAAACUUUAGAAGUUUAGAUGAAUUACUACGAGCAAUGGUUGGUGCCGCUAAAUGCAUCGGGGAUAUUGCGUUGGAAAAUAAAUUUUCUAUUUCAAUUGAAAAACUUAAAAGAGGCAUAAUAUUUGCUUCAUCGUUAUAUCUUUAGGUAUAGUAUAUAUCUAGCAUAUGUCUAUGUCUCAGUGUAAUAAUUCUGAAUUAAAAAAAAAAAAAA